UCCAUUAUCAGUUGGUUUAUAACCUGGCCUUCACAGAGUCAACGUACCGAUUGUUGCUUAAAAAAAGCUAUAGUUGGGUAAUUGUUAAUUGAAAGCAAAUAAAACAUUGACCCUUUUUCCAAUGACUCUGCGCGUCAUCAGAGUUGAAAAAGGGUCAAUAUAUGGCGUACAACACUCCUGGGUACAUCGACGUAACCCGCAGUAAACCCGUCAAACAGGAAGAAUGGCCAAUCAUGCCUAAUUCGACUGAAGAAGAGUACCGAGACACUUCCGAAGACAGAUUUCAACAGCACCCUCCAAGAAUGGGUUCGCCCCGGUUCCCCUAUGCCAUCGUCUGGACGCCGAUACCCGUGAUGACGUGGAUUUUUCCAUUUCUUGGCCACAUGGGGAUAUGCACAUCGGACGGAGUUAUACGAGACUUUGCUGGCUCGUAUUACGUGUCGGAGGAUCGCAUGGCAUUUGGGAAUCCUACACGUUACCUCCAGCUCCAGCCCGACUGCCCUCCCGACGUCUGGGACACCGCUAUUAGUGAUGCCGCUUGUUCCUACAAAACAAAGACUCACAAUCUUUGCUGGGAUAACUGCCACUCGAUGGUCGCCUUGGCCCUCAACAACAUGAAGUACAAGGGCACCAGGUGGAACGCUUGGAAACUUGGGUUUUGGAUGUUUUUCUGUAGUAAAUUUGUUGGUGUUUCAGGGUUUUUAAAAACAUUUGCACCUUUCAUCGUUGCCAUGCUGGUUUUAAUAUUUAUCACAAUAUUUUCAGGGUAAUGUGUGUAUUUUCGUAUUAUAAUUUACUAUGUAAUACCACUUGUAAAACCGUAAUUCCUUCUUUAAAUUUAAUAUUUAUUUUA